AUGGAUGAAGAUGAAUUGGAUGCCCUUGUUGAGAACAUUGUGAAAGACACUCCCGGUGCUGCUGAUGCUGCUACACUCUCUACUACUCCUACCGCUAUCCCUGCUACAACCCCUGCUGAUACGCUUGGUGCUACAGCUGUUUCUUCCCCUGCUGCUUUCCCUGCUCCUACGCAUGUUCCUACCACUGCUGCUACCCCUACUGCUUCAUCUUCUGAAGCAUAUGCUGCUACCCCUGCUACAUCAAGUUCUGAAAGACGAGAAAUAACUCCAUUGAUCAAGGUUCCAUUCGCCAGAGAUGUCCCUGAUGCUGCUAAUACUUCUACGCCUGCUGCUACACUACCUGCUACCCUCGACGAUAUUGAUAGGUAA